UAAAGUUUACAGUUUACAUUAACCUCAAGCUCAACGUGAUGUGAUUUUUAACGAAAUUUUGACAAUUAACUUCUUUUACUUUAUGUUAAUAAUUAUUUUUUUAGUAGCCAACAAUCAUGAGUGCCAAAAAAGUAUACUUUGCGAGUACAAAUGCUCUUUUUCACAAGCCAGGCACUCCGUCCAGUGCAUCGAAGGAUAAACCAAUGAGUGCCUCCAAACUGAAACCUUACAGUUCAGCGCAGAACUUAGCAGACUCUAAAACGUUCCUUCCACCUACAACACCUAAGUCCAUCAUGAAAAAGACGAACUUACGCAGAUCAAAGUCUGCCAUAUCCAUUUCUAGCCCAAGAAGAGACGUCAUUUCAACGGAGACAACUCCUGUCAAAACAUCACCAGUCACACAUUACUGUUCGCCUCGAACUCCCAGGCGAAAAUUGAAUGUUGCAGAACCUUCAUCUGGCAAAAGCAGAGCGAUUCCAUCUACACCAGAAUGUUUUAACAAGGUACAUGUAGAAACACCUAGUGCAGCUAAAUCCAGACUUUCAAAUCAACUUUUGAAUGAAGAAUCCAGUCAUCUUACAGUUGGAGUCCGUGUUAGGCCACUCAACUACAAGGAAGAGCUUGAAGCUGGAAUCAAUCAAAUUGUUCUAACUGAAGGCAAUGAAGUUCGCGUUCUAUGUGAAUCAAAUUCAUGCCACAACUUUUCAUAUGACCAUGUAUUUUCUCCGUCCGACUCACAAAACAUGGUGUUCUCCACUUUUGUUCAGCCCCUCCUUGAAAAUGCCUUCCGAGGUUACAAUGCAUGUCUUUUUGCAUAUGGCCAAACAGGGUCAGGGAAGAGCUACAGUAUGAUGGGCAUUAACUCAGAUAGUAGCACAGUCAGCGAUGAGGCAGGUAUCAUCCCUCGUUUUUGUCACGAGCUGUUCGAGAGGGUUGCAUCUUUAGAGGAUUCUCAAGUUCCAGGUGUUCAAGAAAAAUGCACCGCUAAGAUAGAGAUAAGCUACUUUGAGAUUUAUAAUGAAAAAAUCCAUGAUUUAUUGAAUGAUGGAGAAUGCAGUGGAAAACGCGGCAAUGCUCUAAAAGUUCGUGAGCACCCAGUUUUUGGGCCGUACGUGGUUGACUUGACACUCCAUGAAGUCUCUUCUUUCGAAAACGUGCAGAGCUUAAUUUCAAUGGGUUCCAGCCAACGAGCCUCUGCAUCCACUGCCAUGAACGAAGAGAGUUCUCGCUCACACUCAAUAUUCAGCAUAAUCUUAUCACAGACGCAGCUAGAGGAUAGUGGCAUCGAAGGAGUACAAAACGAACUCUCUCGUUGCAGUAAAAUAAGCUUGGUUGAUUUGGCCGGCAGUGAAAGGGUUGCUCAAUCCUGUGCCAGCCUUGAUAGAUUGCGUGAAGGUGUGCACAUCAAUAAAUCGCUUCUCACUCUAGGAAAAGUGAUCACAGCUCUUGCUGAAGCAGGAUGUGGCAAGAAGAAAAUCUUCAUCCCUUAUCGUGAUUCUGUUCUAACAUGGCUACUUAGGGAGAGUCUUGGAGGAAAUUCGAGGACCUCUAUGCUGGCUACCAUCAGCCCUGCGAAUAUUCACUUGGAGGAGACGUUGGCUACUCUUCGCUAUGCUUGCCAGGCCAAAAAUAUCGUUAACACUGUCAGAGUCAAUGAGGACCCUAAGGACAGAAUCAUUCGAGAACUAAGGACGGAACUUCAAAAAUACAAGUCAUUUGGUUUAUCUUCGGCCUCAGCAAAUGAAUCGUUGAAGGUUAGACUGCUCCAGGAAAAACUUUCCGCCACGCAAGACAAACUUGCCGCUCUUGAAAAGUCGCGCAAUGAUCAAACUAAAGAUUUGGAGCUAGCACAGAAGCUAGCAGAUGAAAAUCUCCUUGAUAUGCUCGCACAGAAAGAGCGAGCGAUUCUCGACUUAGAACGGAAUAUUCUCGAUUUGAAUUCUGAAAAUAAACGCCUUAAAUCAAAAUCAGAAUCCUUGGAGAACGAGGUUGAAGAGUUGGGACGUGAGUUAGAAGAACUCAAAUUGGACCUUGAAGAAAGUCACAAUCUGCAGGAAUUGCAAAGGAUUGAAAUCGACGAGUUACGGCUUGAGGUAAACGAACAAAAGCAGGAUACAGCUGAUCGCAUGGAAGAAGUUGAAGAACGGAGGAAAGAGGUUGAAGAACUGAAAGCAGACGUAGAAGAAAGAAUGACCCAUUUGAGCGAACAACAACGAGAUAUCGAUGAACAGCGGUUCCAGUUGGACGAGGAACGUAAAGAACUGGAAGAACGUAAAGCAGGGUUGGAAGAUAUGAAACGAGAAAUAGAAGAUCAAAGAUAUCAAAUAGAAGAAGAGAAAGCCAAACUUGAAGAUGAGAAAAUGAAACUUGAAGACCAGGCCAGUGAUCUAGAAAUGCAAAAGACCCUAGUAGAAGAACAACACAGAUCUAUGCUGAAUCAGAAAUUAGACAUGAGCAUUAAUGGGUCGGAAAAAGAGCAACUAAAACAGGAGUUACAUGAGCUGUAUGCACAGGUGGAAGAACAAAAGAAGAAACUUGACGAACAGAAGGAAAAGCUUGAAGAGCAGAGAGAAAAACUUGGAGAGCAGAAACAAAAAAUAGAAGAGCAGAAAGCAGAGCUGCGAAGAAAAUCUGAUACUUUCGAGCGCAAUUUAGAAAAGUUGGAGAGCCAAAAGAAGGAAUUGAAGCAGAAGUUUGAUUCUGAAAUGAUGAAGAAACUUGAUGAAAUAAGGAAAGAUAGCAUGGACAGCAAGUCCGUGUUGAUUAAGAAACUUGAUGAAAUGCGAAGAGAUUAUGAGGAGAGCAAGCAGAAAUGUGAGAUGUUCAUGAAGAAGUAUGAAGAAAAGGUUGAGGAAAUCGAAGAGAUCAAGCUGUCAAAUCAGAUUGAACAGUGGAAGAAAUGUGAGGCCCAGAAGGAUGAGUUUUUAAAGAUGCAACAGAAAUACGAAACCGAAAUUUCUCAAAAAUUGGAAGAGCACCGCAGAGAAAUUGAGAGCAUUAAGCAAAAACAUCAAGCAGAGCUGAACCGUAAACUUCAAGAAACAACAGAACAAGCAAAGCGUAACAGCGAAACUGAUCUCUCCCGGAAACUUGAGACUGAAAGACAGCGCUUCGAGUUAGAAUUGAAAAAACUCAAUGCUACUUUGGAAAAAGAAAACUCUAGAUCCGAUGCCUACCGGAAGGAUGUGAAGAAAUUACAAAGGCAAAUUCAGCUUCUGCAAGUUGAUCUUGAGAGUAAGACAAAACUGGCGAGAGAGCUCUCCAAAUUCAACGAUGAAGGUUUUGAGGACAAUAUAACCCAAGCUAAUGAUUACGAAAGUUUUUCAAAGGAAAUAAUACAUAAAUUUGAGCAGAUAACUUCAGCAGUUACCAAUUUUGCAAAUGAUAUUUGUGAUGACUCACCUGAUGAGGAAAUACUGAACAUUUCAUCUGUGAAAACUCCAACCUCUGACAAAGAAUGGUUAGAGAAUAUUAAUUUAAAGACUUCCCGACGAAGCUCCAUCUCUGCAAACAUGAGAUCACCUACAAGGGUUACCAUCCGCACUCUUCCCAGUAAGAAAACAGUCCGCUUUCAAGAUGUUUCAAAAUCAUAGUGCUUAUUACUGUGCAACACAGUAUGUGAAUAAGUUGUAAUUUUCUUUGUGUGUUGAAAAUGUCUAUUGUUUGUUAAGUUGUUGAAAUUUUGAAAAUCCAUGUUAUUUAGAACGUCAUAACUGAAGACGUUAACUUCUUUGGAGUUUUUUAUGUCUUUGUAUAACAUCAAGUGCGUCCUCAUAAUAAAAGACAGUCUCAAUAAGCUCUUAUGAAUCAGUUUAUUGAGAAUUUAUAUGUGAGGAGCAAGCUUUACAGUGCCUUCCAUACCAUCUAAGGUCAUUUAUGGGUUGACCUUAAAAAAAAAGGUCGGAUGUUUCAAUUAGGGUGAGUAGUAAAUGGUUGUAUGUAUUCUCAAUGUUGAGAAAAUUAUAAGUCAUAUUAAGUUGGAUCGAGGGCUCCUGUCUUAGACAUCGAUUAAAAAUUAUGUUAACUGAUAAAAGGAUAAUUUAGACUGAAAGGACUAAAAAUUGAUGCUAUUCAAGUUGAAAAGAUUCAAUUUUGGAUCGCAACAGGGGUGAACAACAUCGUACACUUGCUAAUUCGUUACUUUAACUCUGUAGAAAAUCUGAUUCUUUAAUGUGAUUUUUGGAAAAAUGAACAUGAGAGUUUUUUUACAGCAAAAAAUCGCCAAAGCUCAAUUUUAAAUUGAUUAACAAUCACAGUUGAAAGAGGUUUUGACAAAUAAAACCAUUAAACUGUGCGGUUUUUUUGCAGAAAA